AUGUUGCUUGGAUUAUUAGAAAGAGUAUUGACAGUGGUUGGAAGCACAAAUGAUCACCUGGAAACUGAAUUAACCAUACAACCUUUUAUUUCUUUGAAUGGAGAAUUGGAAGAAUUCAAGAAGGUGGUUUUUACGAUCGUUGAUCAAGAGAAUUCUACAGAUGUUAGGUUGUUUAGCAAGGUUUGGUUGUGUUGUUCCUCAACAAGCACUCCAAUAACCAUGAUAACAGAAUUUAAUGACAUUUAUACCAACUGUAAAUACACUGUAAUUGUGGCAAAAUACAAAUUUCCUGAAAAUGUAAUCAAUUAUUGGCUCUCUGCAUUUGAUUAG